AUGAAGCCUGUUACAUUUCUUGUGGCUCUAAUUACAGUCGCAGUCGUUCUCUCCUCCGUCAGUGCUAAUCCCUACGGUGGGUGGCAGCCGAUAAAGAACAUACACACCUAUCGCGUCCAGGAGAUUGCCAAGUUUGCAGUAGCAAUGCACAACUGGGAAAAUAAUUUCAAGCAUCGGUUGACACUUGUAAGCAUUCGGAGGGGCCUAUUCCAGGUGGCGGACGGCGUGAACUACAAGCUGGACGUGAUGGCGGCUGGAGGCAACGGACUCGACUCCAAGGGGAGUAUGUACCGAACGGAAGUUCACGAGAGGCUUGGCACAUUGGAGCUCAAGUUUUUCACACGUAUAUUUGAGGGAUUAAAUUAA